CUUUCUUGUUUUUCAUUUUUAAAACUGGAAAUUUUUCUUUCCUAUUUUUCUCUCAGGAAAGAGUGAUUUUAUUCCCUUUUUAUGUGAAACAAUUUAUGUCCCUCCUUUGCUUGACUAGUGGGGUUGCAUACUUUUAUUUCAUUUGAUUCUUUUCUUCAUUGACAGUUGACAACCUUUCAGUUUUGGGUUUUUGCUUUAUCAAGAUUCUCUCAAAAAUUCCUCACAAUUUCCUUAUAAAAUUCUUGCAUUAAAAAAAAAAGAAAAAAAAGAAAAGUGUUCCCUUUUUUUUUUUUUUUCAAGACUCUUGCACCACCCCACAUGCAUGUUUUUGGAGUUUGUCUGAUCUGGAUCCGAUCACCAAGAUCUCCCUUUGUUCUUUUUUCUAUUUGCUAAUAAGGGGUUAAUUAGUUUGUGGGUUCAGGAGUUAAGGGGUUGUGCCUUUUUUGGCUAACCAAUUUUGGAUCUUUUUUCUGUGGUUGUACAAGAACAACAACAAGUGUUGAUUUGGGUGGAGAGGUGUUUGCUUUACUGCUUUGAUGAUUGGGUUGGGUUUGUAGUGUAACUAUAGAGAGUAUUCCCUGAGGCAUGGCUGGUAUUGAUGUUUCAAAGUAUGCACAUAGCCCUGUGCACAAAGCUCUAGUCUUGAAAGAUUAUGCCUCUCUGAGGAAGAUAAUUGCUGCGUUGCCGCGCCUUUGUGAUCCUGCUGAGAUUCAUACUGAAUCAUUAUCACUGACUGAGGAGGUUAAGGCUGAUGCUAUUUCUGCAGUGAUUGAUCGACGGGAUGUCCCCAACCGGGAUAGCCCUCUUCAUUUGGCUGUCAAACUUGGUGAUGAGACUGCAACCGAGAUGCUUAUGCUUGCCGGUGCAGAUUGGAGCUUGCAAAAUGAACAUGGUUGGAGUGCCCUACAGGAGGCAAUAUGUAAUAAGGAAGAAAGGAUUGCGAAGAUCAUAGUUAGGCACUACCAGCCUUUGGCUUGGGCAAAAUGGUGUAGAAGGUUACCUCGGUUGAUUGCGACAAUGAGGAGGAUGAGGGAUUUUUAUAUGGAAAUAACAUUUCACUUUGAGAGCUCUGUUAUACCUUUCAUUUCUAGGAUUGCCCCUUCAGAUACAUAUAAGAUUUGGAAGAGGGGUGCAAAUUUAAGGGCUGAUAUGACUCUGGCUGGAUUUGAUGGGUUCCGAAUUCAGCGAUCUGAUCAGAGCAUUCUUUUCCUUGGUGAUGGUUCCGAAGAUGGUAAAGUCCCUCCCGGAUCACUUUGCAUGAUCUCACAUAAAGAAAAGGAAAUUAUGAAUGCUUUAGACGGUGCUGGAGCUCCAGCGACCGAGGCAGAAGUACAGCAAGAAGUUGCUGCGAUGUCUCAAACGAACAUAUUCAGGCCUGGGAUUGAUGUCACUGAAGCAGUUCUUUUACCACAAACAACAUGGAGGCGCCAGGAGAAAACGGAGAUGGUAGGUUCCUGGAAAGCUAAAGUAUAUGAUAUGCAUAAUGUGGUUGUGAGCAUAAAAUCAAGGCGGGUCCCUGGAGCUAUGACGGAUGACGAAUUCUUCAAUUCUUGCAACGAAAAUGAAACAGAGAGUGAAGAGUUUGAUGAUAUCCUGACAGAGGAAGAAAGAAAGCAGCUUGAGGUUGCGCUCAAGUUGGACUCUUCAGAUGAGAAUGGGGAUGGUGGGAUCAUUGCACAUCGCCACAGUUGUUAUGAACAAAGGGAUAUUCCCAUCGAGGAGAUAAAUGGUUGCAGGAAUGACGACAGUAAGCAGGAAAAGAAGAGAUGGUUUAACAAUUGGAGGAAACGGGAUAUUAAGCCAGAAGGGGAGAAAAGAGUUGUCCCCCCAAGAAGUUCCGUAUGCAUUGAGGAGAAGGUCGGCAAUCAUCUUGAGGGUUCUCCGCCUUUAGAAACUAGGCCGGGGAGGCAUUCUGUGGAUGUCAGAGCGACGAGGGAUGAGUUUAGACUAGGAAGAGAUGCAAAGGCUUCUACAUCUAGCGUUGCUGAAAAUGGAAAUCGGCGCAAAGAUGGAGGCCGAGAAAAUGAGUAUAAGAAAGGAUUGAGGCCUGUUCUUUGGCUGUCUCCAGAUUUCCCAUUGAAAACUGAAGAGCUCCUUCCUUUGCUUGACAUUCUAGCCAACAAAGUUAAAGCUAUCCGGCGGUUGAGGGAAAUGCUCACAACAAAACUUCCAAAAGGAACUUUCCCAGUUAAGGUAGCUAUUCCGGUUGUUCCAACAAUUAGAGUAUUGGUGACUUUCACUAAGUUUGAAGAAUUACAGCCGCUAGAUGAGUUCGAGACUCCUCCUUCCAGCCCUACUGCUUCAGGGAGGGAGAGUCCAACAGUGGUGCAGCCGUCAAGUUCGUCAUGGUUUCAGUGGAUAAAAGCCCCGUAUCAUCGGCCAACUUCUUCCACAGGCAGUCCAAGUAAUAGGAUCGAAAACAUUCAAGAUCCCUUUGCAGUCCCUCAAGAUUACAGUUGGAUCUCAGCAGAAGCUAAGAGAAAGAAAAUGCAGGAAAAGGAAAAGGCAAAGAAAGGAAAAAGUAGGAAACAGUAGCUGAAGCACUUAGGUUCAUAUGAGGGAAUUUUCUCUUUUUCUUUGGUGGGGAGAGGGUGUUGUUACAUUCUUCAUUAGCUGAUCUUGUUUUAGUAAUCUUCGAUAGCUGAGUAAAUCAUUGUGGGUGGUAUAAAAGUUGAAAAUCGCUAUUCUUCCAAAUGCUUGUAAUCAAUAUGGAACAAUUGUUUUCAUUUCAGGUGGAUGUUUCCACAGUAACAUGAUUUCUAUUCUGUUC